AUGAACCAGGAAGCGUUUCCCCGCGGCUGCUCCGGGCUCAGAAUAACUGGGACGAUGCCUGCGGAGGAGCGCCACCACCACCACCACGCCGCCGCGGCCGAAGAGUCCCACCCUCACCGCCCCCUCGUCCUGGAGCGCGCCGACAAACCCCCGCCGCAAAACUUCAAAACCCUUCUCUGCAAACACGCCAAAAGCCACUGCUCAUGCACCCCUCAGAAGGUCAGAUCCAAAAUCCUGGGCUUCAUACCGAUCCUGAGAUGGCUCCCUCGCUACCAGCUCAGAGACUGGAUCCUGGGAGACCUCAUGUCCGGGCUGAUCGUGGGAAUCCUGCUGGUUCCUCAGUCCAUUGCCUACUCGCUCCUGGCCAGUCAGGACCCCAUUUACGGCCUCUACACGUCCUUCUUCGCCUCCUUCAUCUACGCCAUUCUGGGCACGUCGCGGCACACCUCCGUCGGGAUAUUUGCGGUGCUGUGCUUGCUCAUGGGACAGGUGGUGGAGCGGGAGCUGGCGUUGGCGGGGUACCCUCCAGAACUCAGCAGCAGCAGCAGCAGCAGCAGGGUGAACACAAGCAGCGACUUGUUCUCGGAGCUAAUCGCAAACUCGAGCGCGGGAGCUGUGUGCGACCGGAGCUGCUACGCCAUCACGGUGGGAGCUACGGUUACCUUCACAGCCGGAGUUUAUCAGGUGCUGAUGGGGAUCUUCCAGGUGGGCUUCGUCUCCGUGUAUCUGUCGGACUCUCUCCUGAGCGGGUUCGCCACCGGAGCCUCCCUCACCAUCCUCACGUCUCAGAUCAAGUACCUCCUGGGGCUGAGGAUCCCGCGGGCUCAGGGCUGGUUCACGCUCUUCAAGACGUGGGCGGCCAUCUUCUCUCACCUGGGUCAGACCAACAUCUGCGACCUGGUCACCAGCCUGGUCUGCCUCGCCGUGCUCAUCCCCACCAAGGAGAUCAAUGACCGCUUCAAGAGCAAGCUCAAAGCUCCGAUCCCGUUCGAGCUCUUCGUGGUGAUCAUAGCCACCGUGGCGUCUCACUUCGGUCACUUCAACACAGAGUACGACUCGGGCGUGGCCGGGACUAUCCCCACGGGCUUCAUGCCGCCGCAGCUGCCCCUCUGGUCGCUCAUCCCAAACAUUGCGGUGGACGCCUUCUCCAUCGCCAUCGUGGGGUUCGCCAUCACCGUGUCUUUGUCUGAGAUGUUCGCCAAGAAGCACGGCUACACGGUGGACGCCAACCAGGAGAUGUACGCCAUCGGCUUCUGCAACAUCCUGCCCGCCUUCUUCCGCUGCUUCACCACCAGCGCCGCGCUCACCAAGACCCUGGUGAAGGAGUCCACCGGGUGCCAGACUCAGGUCUCGGGUCUGGUCUCGGCUCUGGUCCUGCUGCUGGUACUUCUGGUCAUCGCCCCCUUGUUUUACUCACUGCAGAAGUGUGUCUUGGCCGUCAUCAUCGUGGUGAACCUCCGUGGAGCGCUGCGCAAGUUCCUGGACAUUCCGCAGCUGUGGCGCGUCAACCGCAUCGACGCCGGCAUCUGGCUGGUCACCAUGACGACCUCCGCUCUGGUCAACACCGAGCUGGGCCUGCUGGUGGGCGUCCUGGUCUCCGCCUUCUGCGUCCUGGCGAGAACCCAGCGGACGCCGGUGCAGCAGCUGGGGCGCGCUUCGGACCGCGAGCACUACGAGGUGUGCGCGAACUAUCUCGACCUCCAAACGCACAACGGCGCCCCGGUUUUCCGAUACACCUCGCCCAUUUACUACGCCAACCAGAGCCUGUUCAAAAAAUCGCUUUACAAAUCCGUCGGGCUCGAUCCGGUGCGGGAAAAGGCGGCACGUUUGAAAGAAAGCAAGAAGAAGCUAGCGGCGGAGGCUAAAGGAUCACGAAAAGACGAUAAAGAAAAAGCGGCGACUGUGAAUUUGAUGAUGGAAGCGAAUCCGAAAGCCUCGUGUUUGGUCUUGGAUUGUAGCGGCGUGCAGUUUGUGGACACGGCCGGAGUGAACGCGCUGAAAGAAGUGCGCAAAGACUACGCGGAGGUCGGGGUUAGCGUGGUGUUAGCGCAGUGCAACGCUAACGUCCGGGACGCGUUGGAGAGGGGGGGUUUCUCUGCGGGAAAUCAGCCGAACGACACAGGUUUCUUCACCAUCGACGACGCGGUUGACUUCGCCCAAAACCUCCCCGUGUCCAAUGGGAAUCAUGAAGUCUAA